AUUUUGUCUUAUCGCCUAUCGAGCCAGCGCCCUGUUGAGCUUCCAGUCGUUCACUCAGGUUCACUGACUUCAGCGAAUAUCUUACCACGAUUGUAGCGAAAAAUGAACUUUCUCCCGUUCACAGCUUUUGCAAUUAUUAUAGUUGCAGGCAUUCAAGGAGGUAAGUUCUUACGAUUGUUGCAUGCACGUCUUAGAAACAAUCAUAUUUUGGCCUCGAAUUUUGUAAACGGCCUUUUUGAUAAAAAUCUAGCUCGGAUUCUCGAUUUCACUGGACUUAAAUUAAAAGCAUUUCAAGUUCUUGAUUUUACCCCCCAAGCAAUUAGUCUCUUUAUACUUAUAUUUCCUCAACUUAGUUCAGAAGCGUUCAGAGUGGUCCCCAACAAUUCACUAAGUAAGGCGCUUGAAAUCUGUACAUCAUAAAUUAAUACAUGUCGCAAUGAUUUGUUUAUAUCCGAUAUUGGCAGCGAUGACUAGAAUGUUUCCUUUUCCCUUGUCACGCUUAGUAAUAUAACUUGAUGUUCGCUUUUGGAACACCUAUAAAGUCAGCGCACGGACGCUCAAAAAGUGAGUUUGCGGCGUGAGUACUGCGUAGUACAAUACGUAGUACGUACUAUGCAUUGUACUACUCGACCAAGCUAAGCGAAAGACUUCGUAAACGCUAAAAGCCAUGCAAGAGAGAAACCUCUGCUCGCAGGGUUGCAGUAUAGUAAUUGCAUGGGAGAGGUCGUAAUAAAAACGUUGUAAGAUAACAUCAUUGUUACACCAAAGCUGACUGGAGUAGCCGACUCAGUGACUGAAGACCAAUAACAUAACAUUUAUUCCAAAACGUAAUUUCUCUGCUGUUACGCACAAAAUGUACCUUGAAUCCCGGCGGAUUUAAACACAUCGCUCACAUCGCUUUUAAACACUCGCUCCCUACUUGUUGGAGGCCAGGCCGAUAGAAAUCAAAGUCACAGAAAAAAAUAAUGAAUCGACUAUUAUCGAUCACAGAAAUCGAUAACAAUCGUUAGUAAUCGAUAACAAGCAAUAAUCUUGGUGAGUAUAUGGUUCAGAUAUUCUGAACAUGACGAAGGUAUUAAUUUGGCAAACCGGCUUAAGCUUAACACAUUAUAUUUCUUAGUUCAGCAACUACUCAAGGCGUAGUCUUCAUUGCGUUCCAUGUUUUUGUUUCUUUGGUUUUAAUCGAUCUUUACAUGUCCAUUCAAUCCAAUGCCCUCGACUGCCUCUUGCAUUUCUUCUUUCUUGCAAUCCCGCUCACAUUGGAAUCCAAUUCAAUGCGGUAUAUUUCACCUUCACCUACACCUAUCCUCUUCGUGCCAGUUGUGGCACAUAAGGCCUUCACAGAGUCCUUCCACUUAUCUCGGUUACCCACAACAGUCUUCACUUCCUCCCACGAUCGCCAUCCCGCUUUCAUCCGUUUGUAGAAGGCCUAAAUGUAAUAAAGUCCUAAAUGUAAUAACUUUUUGUCCUUAAUGUAAUAACUAUUUGCCCUAAAUGUAAUAAACUCUUAAGCUGCCAAUUACAGUAAUUACUCGAAUAAACGCCGCCCUCAAGUAAGCACCGCAUUUGGGGGUUAAUUAGCGCCGCGGCGCUUAUUGGUUUAAAUACGGUACUAAGUGGUAUUACUAUGGUAUUAAGCUCCGCUCUCAAAUAAGCGCCGUAUUUUUGGAGAAAUAAGUUAAUAAGCGCCGCGGCGCUAAUUCGCAUAAAUUCUGUACAUUUCCUUAUGCACUGUGGAACUUAACGUUAUUGCUUGUAAACGGCAAAGUAACAGUAUUUUUUCUAAAAAAGCAAUAUUUAAGCAGUAGAAAACUUUUUUCCUGUGUUUGAAUAGCCUGAUCAUUAUGCAAACCCUCGACGUUGUCUCGGGUUUGCAUAACUGUUAAGAUCGAGUGUUUAUAUCAGGCUAUGCAAACACAGAAAAAAAGUUUUCUAUUGCUUUUAUAAAUAACUUUCUCGAGAAAGAAGAAAAACUCUUUGUUUAGGUUACUGAUUAAAAGAGAAAUUCUUACCAGUCGCGAAGUCUUGUACACGAAGCUUAAUGUACGAGUAAUCAGUUCUUGUUUUGCAAUAAAGAUGCUUUCCAUAAAAGGGUUUUUCUCGCUUAAAAUGUCAGCUUAAGCGAAAAAAAAUUGGCACAGCAUGUUUGUAAAGAUUUUCCAAGUUUCAUCCGACGAGAGAAUCGGUAGAUGAAUUAAAUUUGUCGAGUUUUCAACUCGAAAACAUUUUAAAAUUCGUGCUUGUGUGAUUAGCUCGCGAAAAGCAGAACAUCUUGACUCCACACAUGUUUACAUACUCUCCUGCAAACACAUCUCUCGGCCAAUCAGAGCGCGCGUGUACUAUCUUAAUUACUUAUGAACGUUGUUAUCGGCUGUGCAGUAGUCUUUAGGGCCUGCUUACAUGGAGGUGGGGGACGGCCAGGUAGGUGAGGUGACGUGCGGCGGGUCACCCCACCUAUCAUGUAAACGUGACCAAAUUAAAAUGAGAGAUUAUGUGGACAGGCGGGUUACCCGCCAAAGCGGGUUACCUCACCUACCACCUCCAUGUAAACGAGGCCCUUAAACUUCUCUUUUUUUGUUCUUAAUAUUUUGGCUGAUUAGAUCUCUUUUCUAGAGAUCCUACUUUGACAAGUAACAGGAUCUUCAUUCACGGUUUUUGCAGUAAAUUUCUUUAACAAAAAUGAAGCCUGAUGACAAACUUUUUAGGGCUUACAAGUUUUUAUUUUUAUUUUUUCCUUUUACAAGCAAUUUAUUUGUAAACGUUAAGUUACACAGUGCAUAAGGAAAUGUACCGAAGCUUAUUAAAUUUUUCUCCAAAAAUGCGGUGCUUAUUUGAGGGCGGCGCUUAAAACCAUAGUAAUACCUCUUAGUACCGUAUUUACGCGAAUAAGUGCCGGAGCGCUUAAAUAUUACAUUCCCCCCUCCCAAAAUGGGGCGCUUUUUUGAGCAAUUACUGUAAUUUGCAACUUAAGAGUUUAUUACAUUUAGGACAAAAUGUUAUUACAUUUAGGGCUUUAUUACAUUUAGGACAAAAUGUUAUUACAGUUAGGACUUUAUUACAUUUAGGGUCGUUUAUUACAUUUUGGCCUUCUACACCGUUCUCCUCCAGGUGAGUUUUUGGUCUUCCUUUUGAUUCUGUCUUAGUAUAAUGUCUAAUCACCUUCCAUCUACGCUCCCUGGUGGGGAGGGGUACUCCCUAUAAUGGCCUAUACGGGGAGGCUCCGCCCGAAAGAGGUACCUUUGUCAGGCAUCAGGUAUACUCGUUGAAGUAUAUGAAAGGGUAGGGGAAUCUGUCAUUUGGGUCUGUAAAAGCGCCCAAAGUUUAUAGCUUUAUAAAGCCGGGAAAGCGUUCUGUUUUUUUUAUUGUUUCCUAUUUAAAUGACAAAGCAUUUACAGCAGUUAAAAGGGAUGUAAAGUUCUAAACAAGGUCUGUGAAAGGGGUAUCAUUUGUCAAUAGAAGGUAUAUGAAAGGGGUACCUUUUUCGUGAAAAAUGGUAUAUAAAAGGGUAAGGUGUUGGACCUCGAGGCGGAGCCUCCCCGUCUAAACAUUUGUUAAGUACCCCCCGGUCUACGCUGCUUCACCUCUUUACUCAUUGGUUUCAUGUCUGCUCUUUCUAACAGCUCUUCAGUACUGACAUGGUCCAAGAGAGUUCUCUCUUGCAUGGUCCUGCCACUGGAUCUGUAGGAUUCUUCGUAGACACUUGUUAUAAAACACUUCUACUGCUCUGUCAUCCCCCUUGUUCAUUACCCAUGUUUCACACCCGUACGGCAGAACUGGCACUACCAGUGUUUUAUACAGUCUCAGUUUAAUUGUUCUUCGUAGGAUGGUUUUUGAACGCCAAAUCCAAUUUAAUCUGACAAAUGCACUCCUUGCUUUUGAGGGUCUGUUUUUCAGGUCCAUCAUACCACCUCCCUCUUUACAAACUGUGGCUCCCAAGUAAGUGAACUCAUCCACUUCUGCUAUUCCUUGUCCAGCUAUCAUAAUCAGUUCCUGGUUCUUUUGCAUUAAUUCUCAUUACCUAAAUUGUUGUCUUCUCCAUGUUGAUUUUUAAUCCUACUCGUCUGGCUUCUUCAUCCAUUCUUGCUGUUUUACCCUCGAUCUGCUGUUUGGUAGAGGAUAUUAACACUACAUAGCACAUACUCACCGCGUGUUUUCGCUUGCUGUUUGGAAUAGAACCGUGCCUGAAUUAUCAUUUCACCAUCAGGGGUCUUGCGGCACUUCUUGACAUCAGUAUACCUACUCCUUCUCAAUGAUUUUCGUCAUCUCUUCCGGAGUAACUGAUGGUUUCAGUCCUUCUGUCAGUUGCAUUUUUCCUUGCUCUGUCCAGUGUGUUUCGCUGAUACCCAUGAUGUCUAUGUUACUACUGGUCAUUUCUCUAGCUAACUGCGCAAUACUGCCACUUCUGUGCAGUGUGCGUACAUUCCAGUUUCCGAUCUUCGUAAUGUUUUGGGGGUGACCCAGUGGUCUAUUCAGCUCGGUGGCGUCCUGUUGGCUUUUGCCUCCACGCGUCAUAGAGUUACUCCUGUUAUGAGAACCGGCCACAGUGUUACCUUGAUAAUGUGAAUUUUCUCUUCUUCUGGUUUUUGUAAUAACAGGGAUUUACGGGAGAGGGUUUUCAGCCCUCGGCCCAACCCCCAACCUGAAGGACCAGGGGACCACACUAGUCCAGUCUCUAUCCCUCGACCUGUUCGGCAUGGGUGGCCCUAACAGGAGUCGAAGACUCCAGCUGACAUACUUCUAUAAUGGGUCAUUGAGACACAAACCACUCCACCACGGUAAGGUGGUGCUCCCUUUCGAAGUGGUAAAUGCGGUAUAUAUGUUGUGGUUCAAGUUCAUCCUUAGUUGAAUUUAAACCAAGGAUAAAACUGAACCACGACAUAGACAAAAAGAAUAAAGCUAAAACUUUUUAAGCUGUCAUAUCUGAAUUCAAAUUUCGCACUAACCUUGGGUUAUCUUAACUCUGUUUCUUUUCAUUAAUUUUGUACAUUUUACCGGUGCAUUUUUCACCUCACAUGGGAGGAGAUUUACUCAAUUUUAUUUAAUUUUACCGCGCUAGCUUUUUACCAAUGGGCAAUUGGUAGAUGGCUAACUGACAAAUCAGAGCGCGCGCUUUGCUUUUGUUAUGUUAUAAAUCCAACUUUAUAAAGUUUCCUCCGUUUUCAACGUUCGUUGUAAUUAUAAAGUAAUAGCGAAAAAUUAAGCAUUUUUGUUAUAACCAAACAAACCGAAGUGGGAAGAUCUCUCUCGCUAUAACAAGACAUACCAUGGGUGUCAAAUUACUCCUUAAUUCUAGCGCCAAUACUUUAGCGUUAAUUUAUAAUUUCGCAUGUGAAAUCACAAAAUUGUCAUGACAACAUUCCGUAUGUCUCGGUGCCAAUAUGACGCCAAAGUUGUAAAAUCCUCUUGUGAAGUUUGGGGGCACUCAAUAUGAAUUCCAAACUUCCCCGGGUGCUUCAAUAACUCGACUUCUGUAUUGCUUAAAGGAUUAACAAGUUCUUGAUAAAUACCAACACAGUAUUCAAACAAAAACAGCCGGUUUUUUUAGGUUUUAUAUAGCGUGCGAGGGCAACACGCAAAGGGGAGAGGAGGCAAAACAGUGUCAGACCAUUGAUUUUAUUUGCCUUUGUUUUUAUCCUGAGCUAUAAUACAAUAGAGUAUGGUAGCUGAAAUCCAGUAUGUAGUAAUCAAGCAUUUUAUGUCAUUUGUAGACGUUUACGUAACUAGACUGUUGAUGUUGCCUAGCAAUGGCCAGCUGGUUUGCCUCCGGUAUUUAGUGUUUCAGGCAUUUGCUUGGCCCCACUAGCACUCGUGCUAUUUUAAUGCUGCCGGGGGUAAAUAACGGAAUUAUUUUAUUUUAUUUUUUAUUGAAGAUUUUUGUUUUAUGGAGUGCCUUUAUCUGUUUUUAAAAUGUAUUACAGGUUUGAUUUAUUUAGUAUUGUAGGUAAGCUCUCUCUCUAAAGUGCCUCUGAAAUUCUUCCACCUUUUAAGAAACGUUCUUCAGAUGAAUUUGUUCUGACUUACCCUGCAGGCAGAGAUCUUUUUCUGUUGCUUCUGGCAUGACUAAUCAUUUACUAAGUCGUUUGCGUGACUUGUCCUUCGCUCAGGGCGUAAACAAACCGACUGCGCGUCUGGCAAAAAACAAAUUUGCACGUGCAACACACUUUUUUGUCUUUCCCUUGCCGUUGUUUGUACGACUACGACGCUGUUUUGUACGACUAAAACGUCAAACGUUCUAAUUACACAUUAUUUUUAAGGAGGAAUCGUCGUAUGUUGUUUACCCAAUAUUUUGUUUCCUGCGUUCAUGUUCGCUUUUAUUUUUCACUGCCGCUCAUUUUCACCUUGCUGACCGCUAGCAUUUCUCAUUUUCUUACCGCCGCUUUGAAUGUCCAUGUUUUUCUUCCUACGAAAUUCGUCUCCUUUUUUUUCAAUAACUCGCUCUAGCUCUUUCUCAGUUAUCCACGUUAGUGUAAACAUGAAAAAUAACGCCGAAAAAGACACGACUUUGUUGUUGUUUUUUUCUUUCUAAAAGUCCGGGCGGCCAUGUGAUUUCCUUCCAAAUAAAACCUUGAGUUGCAUUUGGGGUGCCAUACCUGUUGAUUGAGUUAUUCUACAUUGGUAUGCCUGUGGAGCGGACGGACGGUCGGGUAGGCAGGCGGUCGGUCGGUGUACGGUCACGUGAUUACCAAAUUUUCUCGGGUGGGUAGAUUGCCACACUUCCUUAGCUAUGGGGCUCUGCCCACGCGCGGCGCGGCGAAAACCAGUUGAGACACUUCUGACGUAUUUAGAAUCCUUUUGCCUUUAUUUCCCCUGUUGAAUGGUUCAAGCCUGCAAACUACUAAACGCGCUAGAUGUUUGGUUCGUUUGUUUCACUCGUGUUAAUUUUUUUUGUUUUUUUUUUUUUCGCUGCUCCACAGUAGCCCUUCCCCUGAAAAAACAUCGAGGAUCCCGCUUUUGUUUAAGGGGAGUGCUCUGGGCUGCUCCUGCACAUAGGCUAUCUGUUUAGUAAUGAUCGGAAACAGCACUUGCUAUAUUGUCAUCUGCCGUUCGAGCUGCGAGAAAAUCUCCUGAUGAGUGUAGUGUGUUAUUAAUUAAAGACGACUUCUUUCGGCAAAACGCUCAAUUAAUUUCCAAAAGCAAUACACAGACCUUAUCAUGGUUUUAAAGCCACCUUUUCGCCUCUCAAUCGCCCGUUUCGUGCACGGCGCUACAUAGCUACAUUUCAAGAAUUUCUUGCUCAUAGGUACUGAGCAACUGAUUUUGAAGCUGUAACUUAAAAAUUUAAUUGCUAUUUUUUUCUCUUUUUAGCUCUGGCCUUGAAAUGCUACCAGUGCACGCCAGACCUGACGAAUAUUGCUCAGAAAGGUAACAUCGUGAGCGUUUGUGCUAAUCCCAGUAAAACUAUCGAUUGCAGUCAAGAUCCAUUAAUUGGAAAAAUAGCUGAUUCCUGUUACACAGCCCGUAUAACAGCCAGUAUCAAUCCCGCAUCAUUAAACGCAUCACUUCCCAAAAGCGACAUCGAAGUCUAUGUCCUCAACUGUUCCGUAAUGUCACUGUGUAGCACGCGUAAGACACAAGCUUGCCAAGACGUGCAGACAGCCUUACAAGGUAUUCCUAUGUUGCAACUAAAAAGUUGCGACGUCACAUGCUGCGAGGGAGAUCUCUGCAAUGAUCCAUCCCCAUCAUCAACUGUGCCGAGCAGUGUUCCACCAGCAACAGCUCUGUUUGGAAUUCUGGUUUUGAUGGCUUUCACUGUUGUGAACGUUCAGAGAAGUGGGCAUUGUCUCAUGGAAUAGAGAGAGAGACAGCACUUUCAUUUGUUUUUUCUUUUAUUUUUGUGGGGUAGACGUAAACAAAAAUCUGAUUCUGUAAAGUUAUCGAAUAUUGCCUCUUUAACUCCAGAUUGCCAAUUGAUAGGAGACGAAACCUUUGCACCAAAAGCCUUGAGAUGACUUUAUCGUGUUUCUGAACAAACGUACCCGCCGGUCUUUUCCCUGCCAGCGGAGGUCUGUCACGGCGACAGAAAAAUUAUAGGAAAGAGAAAGAGCUCUGCAGGUGCCCACUACGUUUUUGAUUGGCCAUGGCGUCUCCUUAACAACCACUAGCGUUCUUGUCACGUGUGACAAAACUUACAGAACCGCUUUGCUCCAUAACAACUGUGGGCUCAGAAAUUUCUAUUGCGCAGUCUUACCGGGCACGCGCAUUCCACAUUAAACGAAACCGGUUUUGAAAACUAGAAAGUUUCGACCACAAAUAUGGUCGGCAGCUACAUGAAAGAACGCGUCCUGGGCCGGCAGGGGUCUCUCUAUUUCCUCUCCUUAUUCGGUUGCCGUGAGGGACCUCUAGCUGCUAGCAGGGAACUCCGUCUUUUACACCAAAAACACGUCGACUUGUUGUAACAGUCCUCACCUUUACAUCGACAGUCAGUGAAAUCGUACUAAAAGAUUCGAACAACUUUUUGCCAUUAAAAGAAUGUUGCAAAUUACUAGAAUCAGCUUAUGCCAAACAGUUUUUGUCUAUUAGUCAAACCGCGUUUUAUCUCCUGCCACUGUGUGUUACCCCUUUACUUCGAUUUCAUGUCAAUUCUCUUUGCAAAAGCAACAGAACAGUCGAGCGUAUUUUCACCAUCGGGGUCGCUGUAUUCUCAGAAAUCAGUUCCCAUGAUUUAGAACAAGAUGAGUUGUAUAGUAUUUGAGUUUUAAAGGAUUUAUAGUUUUUGUUGUAGAAGUUUCCACUUAAAAAAUAAACUUUGUCUGCAUGAAAUGGCACAAGUUUGCUGCUCUUUUCCGUUUUUCCCUGGGAGUUGGUACUGCCCUACAAGGGAUCUUAAGCAACGAGGACGACAACGGUAACGACUUGGAAUUGUAAAAAAGCAAUAUAUUUUGAGAUUACGAACGGACCAUUAGAAAAGUUAUGGAGGGAGGGCGAAGUAAAAAUUAUACAUUAGUGUAAGGGAGAAUUAAAUGAAAAAAAUCAUUCAUGCCAAGUAACCCUAAAAAAAUAUUCAUGCACUGGUC